GCGAGAGCGGACGAGGUUUCCGGUGUUGUGACUGCGGGGCCGUAAACAUGGCGGUGAGUCUCCGCGCCCGCUCGUUGCGGCACCUCCGCAUCCGAGGUCGGAACGACAGCGGCGAGGAGAACGUCCCCCUCGAUCUCAACCGAGAACCCUGUGAUAAUAUGAGAGAGAUUCUCCAAAAUGUGGCCAAAUUACAAGGAGUUUCAAAUAUGAGAAAACUAGGUCACUUGAAUAAUUUUACAAAGCUUCUGUGUAAUGCUGGCCAUGCUGAAGAAAAGCUAGGUUUUACAUAUGACAGCAUCAUAAUAUGCCUGCGGUUAGCUUUACUCAAUGAAGCAAAAGAGGUGCGAGCAGCAGGAUUGCGAGCCCUCCGCUAUCUCAUUCGAGACUCCAGUAUUCUCCAGAAGGUGCUAAAGUUGAAAGUGGAUUACUUGAUAGCCAGGUGCAUUGACAUACAGCAGAGUAAUGAAGUAGAAAGAACCCAAGCACUUCGAUUAGUCAGAAAGAUGAUCACUGUGAAUGCUUCAUUGUUCCCCAGUUCUAUUACUAAUUCUUUGAUAGCAGUUGGAAACGAUGGCCUUCAAGAAAGAGACAGAAUGGUUCGAGCAUGUAUAGCCAUUAUCUGUGAACUAGCACUUCAGAAUCCAGAGGUGGUGGCUCUUCGGGGUGGUUUAAGUACCAUCUUGAAAAAUGUGAUUGAUUGUCAGCUAAGCCGAAUAAAUGAGGCUCUGAUAACUACAGUUUUGCACCUCAUUAAUCAUCCAAAGACCCGACAGUAUGUGCGAGCAGAUGUAGAAUUAGAGCGAAUUUUAGCUCCUUACACAGAUUUUCACUACAGGCAUAAUCCAGACACAGCAGAAGGACAACUCAAGGAGGACAGAGAAGCACGAUUCCUAGCUAGUAAAAUGGGAAUAGUGGCUGCAUUUCGAUCAUGGGCAGGUAUUAUCAGCCUAUGUAAACCUGGAAAUUCUGGGAUUCAGUCUCUUAUUGGGGUACUCUGUAUACCAAAUAUGGAAAUACGGCGAGGUCUGCUUGAAGUUCUCUAUGAUAUAUUUCGCCUUCCUCUCCCUGUUAUUGCAGAAGAAUUUAUUGAGGCACUUCUCAGUGUAGAUCCAAGCAGGUUUCAGGACUGCUGGAGACUUUCUGACGGCUUUGUAGCUGCUGAAGCUAAGACUGUAUUACCCCAUCGAGCCAGGUCAAGGCCUGAUCUCAUGGAUAAUUAUCUGGCUUUAGUGCUUUCAGCUUUUAUUACCAAUGGACUUCUAGAGGGUCUGGUUGAAGUGAUCACAAGUAGUGAUGACCAUGUGUCUGUUAGAGCGACUAUCCUUUUAGGAGAACUUUUGCACAUGGCAAACACAAUCCUUCCUCAUUCUCACAGCCAUCACCUGCACUGCUUACCAACGCUAAUGAACAUGGCAGCAUCUUUUGACAUCAUGAAAGAGAAAAGGCUACGAGCAAGUGCUGCACUCAACUGCUUAAAACGUUUUCAUGAGAUGAAGAAAAGAGGACCUAAACCUUACAGCCUCCAUUUAGAUCAUAUUAUUCAGAAAGCCAUCUCAACGCACCAAAAAAGGGAUCAGUACCGUGUGCAAAAAGACAUCUUUAUUUUAAAGGAUACAGAAGAAGCACUUCUAAUGAAUCUUAGAGACAGCCAAGUUCUCAAUCAUAAAGAGAACCUUGACUGGAAUUGGAAUCUGAUAGGGACCAUACUGAAGUGGCCAAAUGUAAAUCUAAGGAACUAUAAAGAUGAGCAGUUGCACAGGUUUGUAAGGAGAUUGCUAUAUUUUUACAAGCCUAGCAGUAAACUGUACGCCAACCUGGAUCUGGACUAUGCCAAGGCUAAACAGCUCACUGUGGUGGGUUGUCAAUUCACUGAAUUUCUUCUUGAAUCAGAGGAGGAUGGACAAGGUUACCUGGAGGAAUUGGUUAAAGAUAUUGUACACUGGCUCAAUUCUUCAUCAGGGAUGAAACCUGAACGUAGUCUUCAAAAUAAUGGGCUACUAAAUACCCUUAGCCAGCACUACUUUCUGUUUUUUGGUACUCUCUCUUGUCAUCCUCAUGGAGUGAAAAUGCUUGAAAAAUGUAAUGUGUUUCAGUGUCUUCUUAAUCUUUGUUCUUUGAAGAACCAGGAUCACUUGUUAAAAUUGACUGUUUCUAGUUUGGACUACAGCAGAGAUGGGUUAGCAAGAGUCAUCCUUUCUAAAAUCCUGACAGCAGCUACUGAUAGCUGCAGGUUGUAUGCAACAAAACACUUAAGAGUAUUACUGAGAGCAAAUGUAGAGUUCUUCAGCAACUGGGGGAUUGAGUUACUGGUGACCCAGUUACAUGAUAAAAAUAAAAGUAUUUCUUCUGAGGCACUUGAUAUUCUAGAUGAGGCAUGUGAAGACAAGGCUAAUCUUCAUGCCCUUAUCCAAAUGAAACCAGCUCUUUCUCAUCUUGGAGACAAGGGUUUACUUCUACUCCUAAGAUUUCUGUCCAUCCCAAAGGGGUUUUCGUAUCUAAAUGAAAGAGGUUAUGUAACAAAACAAAUGGAAAAGUGGCAGAAGGAAUACAACUUAAAGUACGUUGAGUUGAUUGAAGAACAACUUAAUGAAGCACUUACAACAUACCGCAAACCUGUUGAUGGUGAUAACUAUGUUCGUCGGAGCAACCAAAGAUUACAGCGACCUCAUGUCUACCUGCCAGUUCACCUUUAUGGCCAACUGGUGCACCAUAAAACAGGCUGCCACUUAUUGGAGUCUCAGAGUGUUGUUACAGAUCUAAGUUACACUGUUCGUUCCCCAAUGCUGGAUAAGUGGGAAGGAAUUAAGCAGCUGAAAGCAGCCCUUUGGGCCUUGGGCAAUAUUGGAUCAUCAAAUUGGGGUCUUAACUUACUUCAAGAGGAGAAUGUAAUUCCUGAUAUAAUGGCACUUGCCCAACAUUGUGAGGUUCUCUCUGUUAGAGGAACCUGUGUCUACGUGCUUGGUCUAAUAGCCAAAACUAAACAAGGAUGUGACAUUUUGAAGCAUCAUAACUGGGAUGCAGUGAGACACAGUCGUAGACAGCCUUGGCCAGUGGUCCCUGAUGACAUGGAGCAGCUCUGCAAUGAACUCUCUUCUAUACCCAGUACUCUUAGUUUGAACUCUGAGUCCACCAGCUCUAGGCACAACAGUGAAAGUGAAUCUGCUCCUUCAAGUAUGUUCAUCAUGGAAGAGGACCGUUUUGGUGGUACUUCCACUAGUACGUUCUUCCUAGAUAUUACUGAAGAUGCAGAACAAAUAUUUUGUGACAGACCUGGACCUUCAAAGGACAAAGACCGUAGUCCCUUUCCUUUUUUUUCUUCUAGUAGACUUGUGAAAAAUCGCAUUCUAAACUCUCUUACUCUACCUAAUAAAAAACACAGAAGUGGCACUGAUCCAAAAGGAGCAAAGCUGACAUCAUCUGACAAUAAAUCAGUUCUGAGGCGAAAUCGUACAGUAACAGAACCUGCCAGUAGCAUAGACUUUCCUGCUGGGGAAGAAUUCAACCCUGUUUUCAGAGUUCCUAAAAUCCAGACUUUACGAUUAGAAACUUCUUUUGUUGGAAGCAAGCACGUGGAAGAUACUGAUAGUACCCCAAGUAUUGGAGAAAAUGAUCUAAAGCUGCCAAAAGGUCUUGGAAAUGAAAUUCAUCGGGAAAAUACAAGCAGAGAAAGGCUAAUAGGAGAUGGUACUACACAAACACAUUUCAAGAGUCGUAGCCUAAGUUUUAAUACAGAUACCACAACAAGUGGCAUAAGCUCAAUGAGCUCUAGCCCUUCAAGGGAGACUGUAGGUGUGGACACUACGAAUGUAGAUACUGACUAUGGAAGUUUGAGUACUGUGGUAAGCACAAAAACAGUUAAACCAAGUCACUGUUCAACACCACAUUCUAACCACCUGCCUCUCUCAAAAUCCAAUUCUGUGUCCCUGGUAUUGCCAGGGUCUUCUCAUACUCUUCCCCGAAGAGCCCAGUCUCUUAAAGCUCCUUCUCUAGCUACGAUAAAAAGUCUUGCUGACUAUAACUUUAGCUACACAAGUUCUCGAGAUGCCUUUGGCUAUGCUACACUAAAACGCUUACAACAGCAGAGGAUGCAUCCGUCACUGUCUCACUCGGAAGCCCUAGCAUCUCCAGCAAAGGACGUGCUGUUUACUGACACUAUUACCAUGAAGUCUGGCAGCCUGGAUUCUCGGCUAACCCCAAGUCGGUUCAUGAAAGCUUUAAGUUACGCUUCAUUAGAUAAGGAAGAUUUAUUAAGUCCUAUCAACCAAAAUACACUUCAGCGUUCAUCUUCUGUUCGCUCCAUGGUAUCUAAUGCUACAUUUGGUAGCUCUGAUGAUUACAUUGGCCUUGCUCUCCCAGUGGAUAUCAAUGAAAUAUUUCAGGUAAAGGAAACUCCAUAUUUCCAGAAGAAAACCACACCUCCAUUUGAUGACCGUGGAGCCAGGGUCUUUGCACCUGAUGCAGGAGGUCUUCCAUCAGGUACAAGUGAUGUUGUCAAAAGCCCUUUUCAGAUGCUCCGACAGCAGAUCAGUCUUACGGAAAUAAUGAAUACCAGCCGUUCCGAUGCCUCUCAGUUUUUAGAAAAUAUGGAGGAUACGGGGCUACAGGAGCACACAGAUGAGAACUGCCUUUACUGUGUCUGCAUUCAAAUAGUGGGCUAUCAGCCUAACAACAAAGUGAACUCUUCAUACAGUCGUACAGAUUUUUCAGACAUUCCAUAUACUGACUGGUGUGGGCAGACCAUACACAAUCACUUAGAUGUGCAUUCCUCCAAAUUUUCUGGAAUUUCAGGCUGUAGCGAUGCAGUAUCCCAUGGUUCAGCUAGCAGCACCAAGAGUACAGAGCUUGUACUAGGAGUAAAAUCAAUCCCGGAUGAUACACCAGUGUGCAGAAUACUUCUGCGGAAAGAAGUCUUACGUUUAGUAAUCAAUUUGAGUAGUUCAGUAGGAACAAAGGGCCAUGAAACCGGACUCUUGACAAUUAAGGAAAAGUAUCCCCAGGCAUUUGAUGACAUAUGCCUUUACUCUGAGGUGUCCUACUUGUUAGCACACUGUACGUUCCGACUUCCAUCACGAAGGUUCAUUCAGGAGCUAUUUCAAGAUGUACAGUUCUUACAAAUGCAUGAAGAAGCAGAGGCUAUUUUAGCAACACCAACGAAACAGCCAGUAAUUGAUACAUCAGCUGAAUCCUGACCUCUGCCUUAUGCAGUGCGUUGCAUUUCAGACUUUCUGAAAUCCUCAGACAACCUCUGACUGACUGGAUAAAAGGCUUGGAGCAUCACCUUCUAGACCGUUCCAGAAGCUACUGGUACCUGGAGACUGAACUGAAAACUUUCUUCCUCAACCAAUUACUGCCCCAGUCUUUUGAGCCCUUUGGGGAGUUGUUAAACGUUACCGUAGUUUUAAUAAUAGUAAUUACCAGUAUAUGCAAGAGCCAAGCACUGAACACCUCCACAAGUUUUCAUUUCAUUUUCUACCAUAAAUUAAAAAAAAAACAGGACAACACACGGAGACAUCUUUUUUGAUUGACUUCCAAUUCUGUUCCAGAGAAGCAGAAGAAUGCCUUGCUUUUUAAACCCUGGAUACCAGGAGUCAGAGAUGAGGGUGCAUUCCAUUGCCAGCAAUGGGGAGCCAUGCUGUAAUCAUGGACACCAGGGGAUUAAUGUUAGCCCUCCUCUCUUGGUUUUUGUACUGUUUAUAACACUACUUGGGGGUUUGUAACUUCAGACAGAAAGAAAAACCUCUGUGAAUCUGAGGUUUCCUUUAAGUUAUUUUAAUAUUGCUGUAGUUGUAAGUCAUUUUAUUAGCAGUCUCUCCAAUUUCAUGACAUUUACGUACAUGUAUCUUAUCUGAACCAGUUAAGGAUUUUCACUACAGUUUGAUUCUAAAACUAACAAAUUAUUUAAACUUAAAAUGUUGAAAUCAAAUUGUUUUCCCUGAAUGAUACGCAUGUGUUUGCAGUUUCUACACUCAUAUAUUAUGAAUGUUGGUCUUACUUUUAACUAAAAUCCUUAGAAAAAGCAUGAUUUCUGACAGAUAAAUGAAUAUUGUAUAAACUAAACUUGAAGACAUUUAAUCAUUGCUGCUUUUAUGAGAAGACAUAUUAUGAGUGUUUUCCAAGUUCCAUGAAACAGCCAAAAACAAAGGUUUAUUUUAAUUUUCAAUGGAUGAGUGAUCAGGCAUCAGUUAGUACUAUUAAUUGUAGUGAAAAGCCUUAAGUACCAAAUUUUGGAGCAGCAUUAUGUUGCAAAAGUUAAAUGAUAUAGGGGCUGUUAAUGAUUGAAAUGGUUGCCCCUGUAAUGAGGUUUCUAAAUUAAUGAGUGCAAACUUUAGAAAAAAGUAAGAAUCCCUGUCACUUUUGUCAUGAAUCUAAAGAUUCAGAAGCCUUUACACAAAGGUAAUAUAAAUAUAUGCAAAUAUACAGUAUAUACAGUAGCAUGGUCACCUUUGUUAGAAUGCCUGUGAUAGAAGGGAUUACCCUUUGAUUUUGAUGUAGGUGAAUAAUUCAACUGGACUGUACAAAGUAGAACGUAUUUUUAUCCAUUCGCUUUUACCAUUUUUUUGUAAUUGUCAGAUUAAUUCUCUAAGUGAAAUUUAUCCUGAUACUCAUAAUUCUGUUCUUACUAGCUAUACCACUGGAGAUUUCAGUAAGUAGUCCUGUGAUUCCUGGUGAAACGUAGAGUUCAUUUGUUCUUACUGGAUAUUUCAUCUUGCCACAUAAGCACUGCUUUGCAGCUAUCUUUUCACUGAGUUCUCAUGUGCACUGCAUACCGUCAGGUUCAGGUAAAGCAGAUCAAGUUGCUGCUCAGAGUCAGGUUUAGUUCCUAAGAUUAUCUUUUCAUGAGUACCCACUGAAAGAAGGAGCAAAAAAAAACUGAUUCAACUCUUCUGUGGUCAGUGACACAAAUAUAUCUGUGUGUCAAGACAUGUUUGAAAUGCUUUGAAAACAUACCACACCAGUAACUAUAGGACUUCUGGUUGUAAGAAAUAAAUGCUUCUGUAAAACCAAAAUGUCAAUCACAGUAGACCAAAUAGUGGUAUAAACUCCAAAGGAAAUAACGUAGUUUUCCCAAAAAUGGGGCUAGUGUAUCUUAUACAGUAGUUUCAAACACUACCUCAGUUAGGCUAGAGUGUAAGACUUUUGUUUUAAUAACUAGAUGGGGUUACAUCAAACAACUCCGUGAUAUUUUUCUGCAGUUCAAGCAAAAUAAACAAAUUUUAUCACCUCUAUUUAAAAAAAAAAAACCCAACAAAAAAACAACAAAAAAAAAAAAGAAAAGAAAAAAAAAACCAAGAAACAACUUUGUUCAUUUGUUACCAGUUUAACCCAUAGCACUUAUUGUAGAAAGCACCAUAGGAGGGCUUCUGAUUAUAAAAAGGUAAGCAAAAAGCAAUGUCAAUAUACUUUUGAAAGAACCUCCAUCCUGCAAUGCUCAUGUGUUCUGAUGUACUCGCUUGUGUGGGGAUCCGUGACAAUAGAAACUUGACAUACAAAUUAUAGCUACAAAUCCAGUUAUAAAAUAUGGUCGUUCCUUUUUCUGAAAGUAUAUGAGUGUCAGUAGAUUUCAACAAGUAUGCAUCAAGGAUGUAAAGUCUGUACUGUAAAUAACAUACAACAUUUCUAGAAUUAAUUUACAUUAAGCUCAUGUUAAUACUUCAUUUUAAUUGGCAAAUGAAGGGAUAGUGUUACUGAAGGAAUUUGAUAUUGGCCUAGCUAUAAACUGUGAAUUUCUAAUUCUGUAGAUUUCUUUUUUGAAAGAUCCCUUUCAAAGUCUUAUUUUGGGAUUUUAUUUGCUUUGUGACAAAACUUUGAAAGAAAACAGUAGUAAAUAAAAAUUGUGCUUAUAUUAACCCUAAUAAAGAAUCCUUCCACUUUUCCUAGAAAGGUUCGCAAGGGACGCUGACAGACCACCUGCUUUCUAUUUUUCCAACCCGAACAAUUGCCAAUACUGUCAAAUAAAUGGCAAAGCAUAUAGUAUUCACUUACACUAUAUAGAAAUACAGUUUCGUUGCUGUGGCAAAGAAAACUCCUGGAUGAUUCAACAUGCUAACACAGAAUACUCAGGUCUGGUGCAGAAGCCUCUGUGGGAAGGAGACGGCUGGCUGUGAAACCAGUUUCAUUUGGCCUGCUGCAUUAAGCUGGCUGAUUUUCUUAGGUCGUCUUUUACAGUCAGUGGAAAGGGGUGGUCCUUUCCAAAGGGCUGAAAGAGAGCUAACUGAAGGGCUCCCAGUUACUUCCUCACGGGACUCCUUCUCUCCACUGAGUGGGGAUGAGGACUAAGCUGGUUGCUGUGAGAGUCCUUUUGGAGAGAGAGGUGCAGAAUGCUCCCAGCUGCUGUGGACAUCCCUUGGAGCUGGAGAUGGUCAGGCUUUGAGGUGCCUAACUUGUAUGUUGGGCCCCUGGCGUGUUGUACUUGAAACAGCCUAUUUUCCUCAUCUGUCAGGUCUUACUUGACCUGACAAUUGUACUCUACACAUGCUCUCCUUGGGUUUUGUUGUUUUUUCCCUAAGACACAAUGAAGUGCAAAGGAUUUGGUAGUUUACUGUGCCGUGGCUUGGCACACUGAGGUAAGCUGCUCUUACAAACAUUUAAAAAGGUAGCAGUGAGAAUCCUGCUCAUCUUUUUGUCAUUUUAUUUUGGAACAUAGGUAGUGGUCUUGCAUGUGAGUUGUAAUUUGCAAUGAGACUGGAAAAACCCAUAAGACAUUUAGUAGGUGCCUGUCCUGUUUCUUGGAGCUUCGCUGGAGCCAGCUGAAAGCAGGUCCUGUAACUUCUUUUUUUUUAAAGUCACACUUCUAUUAUCAUGUGCUUAUUAAGGGUAUGCUAGGUGAGUGUAGAAUCUGACAACUGAAAAAGACCUUUGGGGGCAUACUAGAAGACACAUUUGUAUUUUGCUAGAAGCCCCGCCAUCCUCCUUGGUUAUUGUUGAACUCCUGAUCCUGGUUCUCUGGAUAGUUUUGUUUUCAGCAGAUUUGUGUGUUCAGUAAACAAUGUGGAUUUUCUUUGGGCUAGCUUUGUAACAUAGACGGACAGCAAUGCCACAGCAUGCAGAAUUGCACAUUUUGCUUGUAAGAUACACUAUUUCAUUUGAUAAAUAUAAUUUAUGCCAAAAAAUGUAACAUGCCAUUUUGCCACUGAAUAGUGUUUUAAAACACACAAGAUGCAUUGUCUUGGGGGGGAAGGCAGACAUUUUGUCAAUUUAAUUGAAAAAUUGUUCCAACACUGGGCUGUCAGCAUCCCCAAAACUGCGUUAUAAGAGAUUAGCUAAAUCAUUCUGAGGAGGGAAAGGAUCAAGGAAAAUCUCAAGACUUACUCUCUCUGUCCCGUGUGGUCUUUUUUUAUUUAGUAAUACGCUGCUACAUAUUUGGAGGUUCUAGUGUUUGUAGGUCACUGAACAGACAAUGAAAUCUGAUUUAUAUUGUAUACCUGUAACAUAGAAAGAAAAAGUAUUUAUAUAUUUUCCGUAAGAAUACUGCAUUGAGCUGUGUAUAAUUUAAACAGAGGCUUGUCCCAAAAUGGUAUUGCCCACCUUGAUUUUUUGGGGUUUUUCUGUUUUGUUUUUUUUUAUAUAGUGUGUACAGUUAAUGUCAAUGGGCAUUAAAAGCCUCCUGAAGCGUAGUCUUAUCAAAGGGAUGCAUUGUUAAUAAAAUCUACUUAAACUUCU